AUGGCAAUUAUAAUUAAUUCCAUAGAAACCUUGGUUGGAUACAAUCUUUUUUUUCAAAAUAAUAGCAACAGUAAAGAAGAAGAUUCAUCACCAGAAGCUAGUCCUCAACUACCAGCUCUAGAAUCUCCAAUGGCUAAAUAUAAGAAUCUUUAUGAAAAAAACUUAAAUGAAACUAUAAUAGGACCAAGACUUCCUUAUAAAGAAAGUAUCGAUCCUAAUACGCCUACUAAAAAGCGGCCUGUUUUACCCAAAUCUUUUGGUAAAGAGCAGGAUGAUGAUAAUAAAUCUUUGGAGCGUGGUGAAUGGAUGCUGGUUCCACCUUCUUCAAAUUUUUUGGGAGGCUCUACGACCAGUAUGAAAUCUAGAAAAUUUAAACAAAAAACAACAGAUCCCAGUUCAGCUGAUAAUUCUCUUUGGACAGAAACACCAGCAGAAAGAAGAGAAAGAUUACAAAAAGAAGUAAUAACUGGUCAAAAACGUAAACGUGCAUCUGAUAAAGACGAAGAUGAAGAAAUGAAAUACACUGAAAUUGAUUUGAAACGAGCAGAAUUAGUCAAAGAAUAUAAUGAACAUCAUCGCCCUAAAUCUCUUUUAGAACAACAUCAAGAAAAUUAUAAAAAAUCUAAAAAAUGGGAAAAAGAUGAUGUUAGUAGAAGACCUUUUGAUCGUGAGAAGGAUUUAAUGAGUAGACGUCCUAUGGAUUCACGUAAACGAAAUGAACUUUUAGGCAGUGCAACAAAUUUAGGCAUGGUUAAUCAUCAACAUUAA